AUGAUGCUCUCAUCGCCGUCGACAAGGGCAGCUGCAAGGAUGGGUGUGAAGCUACUAGCAAGAGUCGUCCCUUGCCGUCUCACGGAUCCGUUCAACCCGUGCUACAGUGGCAACGCUGGUUCAGCAAUCGCACCCACUCCAUUCCCGGCAACCGUUCGCGGGACGCAGGAGAAAUGGAUGCAACGGUUCCAGUUGGAAAGCAUUCCCGAGCCGGAAACGUCCAUUGUAAACAUAAUAGCACACGUGCUCGAACUGUCCGCACCAUCCGAGGUAGGAAACCAACAGGACGCCCCGCUGAACGAGGCACAGAUGGCCAAAAUAGAGGAACUUUGCGAGUGCCGGUUAGCACGCAUGCCAAUACAGUAUAUAAUCCGCGAGUGGGAUUUCCGUGAUCUCACGCUCAAGAUGAUCCCGCCCGUGUUUAUACCGCGCCCGGAAACGGAAGAAUUGGUGGAGCUGAUAUUGCAGCAGAUGGAUAAUCAGCAGGAAACGCUCUUCCUGGAGAUUGGAUGCGGUACGGGUGCGAUAAGCCUUUCGCUUCUGAAGCAUGCCCCGAAGGCUUCUGCGAUAGCCAUUGACCAGAGCCGAAUAGCCUGCGAGCUGACGCGCGAGAACGCCGAAUCGGUCGGACUGAUGGAACGGUUGCGAAUAUUUAAGCACAAAAUGGUGGAAGAUUUGCCGCAGGAGCUACAUGGUCAGCAGUUUGACAUGAUCGUCAGUAACCCGCCGUACGUGCCCUCGGUGUUGCUUCCUUCGCUCGAUCCGGAGGUUAAAAUUUACGAAGAUUUGCGUGCACUGGACGGCGGUAAUGAUGGGUUGACUGUGAUAAAAGCCAUACUACGGAUAGCGGGCCGAUACCUUCGACAGGACGGAGUCCUGUGGCUGGAGGUGGACAGCACACAUCCACCGGUUAUAGAAGAGUUUCUGGCAAAAAAUGGCGAACUGAUGGGACUACGAUUCAUGGCAUCGUAUAAGGAUCUGUUUCAGAAGGAUCGGUUCGUGGAGAUUGUUAAGCUAUAA